CUUUAUUGUUAUUGUAACAAUUCUUUAUCCCAAAUUCCAACAUAAAACUCCCACCGCGCUGCGCCAAAACGGGCUCCAUUCCAAUCCCUCUCCUUAUUCUUCACCUCUUCCCUUCUCCCCCCUCGAACAUCUCUGACGAUUCCGCUUUGUUUGGUUUACAGAUCCACCAUUUUCCCAGUCUCUAAUCUCAGAAUUUGAUUCGAGGAGCGUCUACGUUCAGUCCGAUUGUGGUCUAACAAGACAGAGAAGGGAAGUUAGCUUGGAGAGUUGGGGAUUGGUUGUCAUCUUGGUCGGUUGGGUGAAAAAGGCUCAGAUCUAACUCCAAGGGCUUAGCUAUGUCUUUCAUUGGCACCCAACAAAAGUGCAAGGCCUGCGAGAAGACUGUGUACCCUGUGGAGCAGCUCUCUGUUGAUGGAGUUUCCUACCACAAAUCUUGCUUCAAAUGCACCCACUGCAAAGGGACUCUAAAGCUGAGCAAUUAUUCAUCAAUGGAAGGUGUUCUGUACUGUAAGCCUCAUUUUGAGCAGCUCUUCAAAGAGAGUGGCAACUUCAACAAGAACUUUCAAUCACCUGCCAAGUCAGCUGAGAAGUUAACUCCAGAGCUGACAAGGUCACCUAGCAAAGCUGCUGGCAUGUUUUCUGGUACUCAAGACAAAUGUGCUACUUGCGGUAAAACUGUUUAUCCACUAGAGAAGGUAACAGUGGAAAGCCAAUCGUAUCACAAGUCCUGUUUUAAGUGCUCUCAUGGAGGGUGUUCCAUAUCCCCAUCAAACUAUGCAGCGCUAGAGGGUAUUCUAUAUUGCAAACACCAUUUCUCCCAGCUUUUCAAGGAAAAGGGAAGCUAUAACCACCUCAUCAAGUCUGCAUCCAUGAAGCGUCCCGCUGCCUCCGUUCCCGAAGCUUGAAGUUCUUAUUAUCGCAUCGUCAUUCACGGUUUUGGACCUAACUCUCUGUUUACCUGAAUGUGUUUGACUUUAAAAACUUAUGGGUUUUGAGAUGGGAAAAGGAAAAAUAUAUAUGUUAACCAUCAUUUCGGCUCGGUUCGUGUGUUUAUUUGGACAAACCGUUGAAUUCGAUCGAUAUUUGAGGUGCAAACCUUAUAUAUGGUUUCCAGGAUUUGCAUAUUUUGAGAAUUA